GAGCACAGCACACAACGAGGAGAGGCGCCGCGCGAGAGGCACGCCUGUGUUGGAAGCAUGACUCCGUUCCUCAUCGCCAUUUUCUUUCUCAACCUUUCAUCCCUGGCAACCGCCGCAAAAUUCACUCAAGUUUUCGAAUGGAAUGAAUUGGAUUUGAGUUGGUCAUCAGGGGCGAGAAGGGCACAGGCCUUGGAAGACGGGACGUUCGAUCCAGAGUAUAUUAAACCUCAUUACAUGGCUGUCUACGGGACAAGGAUCUUCCUCAGCCUUGAUAAAUAUAGUACCAUUCCGGUGACUCUGGUGUCCUUGCCAACCAACAACGCGUCCUCUACGUCCCCGAAGCUCACUCCAGUCCCUUCGUGGGACAUGCAUGGAAGAGGAGACUGCAACAAAAUUGAAGAAGCAACAGGGUUGGAAGUGGACUCGGUUGGAAGGCUGUGGGUGCUCGAUCAGGGUAGCGACGAUUGCAAUGCAAAACUUUGGACCAUCGACUUGAACAAGAAUGAUCAAACCAAACUAAUUCAUCGGUUUUCCUUUCAAAAAUUGACGCACGACUUGGCGCUCGACGAAACACCGGACGGAACCUUUGCCUACAUCUCGCGUUGGUAUCAAGAGCAAAUUGUCGUGUUUAAUUUGGAAAGAAAUCAAUCUUGGAUUGUGAAAACGCCCGAUGUCAAGGUUUUUUCGCUUGCCCUGUCUCCUAAGGAUCAGGAACCGAGUCAGCUUUACCUCAGCAACCACCGAUCCAAUGAACUUUAUUCGAUUUCCGUCGCCACACUUCGCAACCGAACUCGAAGCGCAAAGCCGAAACUAAUCGGAAAAUGGACCGAGAGGACAAAACCAUUUAGAAUGCUUAUGGACAACGGGAACAUGUACGUCGCCUUUCGGUGGGAGAACUACAUAUCUGCUUGGAACUCUUCCCAACCGUUUCAGGAGCAGCGUUUUCAUAAGGUCGUUGAUCUAAAUCCCUAUUUUUGGCCAUUUACUUUUUCCUUGGACCAAAGCGGAACUCUUUGGAUGACGGUGUUCUAUUAUAACGAAGAGCCAAGAUGCAGGCUUUUGAAGGCUGCAGCCGGAGAAAAAUACUUGCCAGAUGAUGCAAGUGGCGCAGAGGCCCAAAGCAGAAUGCUGAUCGGCUCGAGUGUGUUCUUCGUUUUCCUCUUGGCCAUGGCAAUUUCGUAGUUCAACAUCGUCAGUUGAAUUGAAGAGGUGCGGGAAUUUUGUGAUUAAUUAAAAAGUGUGGUUUCUUUACUAUGCAUAUUAAUGAAUGAAAAGAAGAAAGCUUGUGAAGGGUCAUGUCACUCAGCAACCAUAAUUGACCGUUUUUCCGAUUCAGUUCGAUAAACAUUCUCUGUAACAGUUAAUAAAUUAUCAUGUUUUAAAGUUUCGUGGUUGUAAACAUUUAGUAAAAAAUUAUUGAAAGAAUAUUAAAUGCACUCAAAGCAA